AUGCGCAGCUAUCUCACAUCCCUACAGCAACGCUCCAUUGACAGCAACUCUGUCAAAAAGCGCGACAUGGAGCAGAAGCAGCCACAAAUAUCUUGGAGGUCUGGCUCUUUCAAUCCAGAGGCACCAACUUUCAGUCCGACGACCGCCGAGACUAGCAUGUUCACUGGACCUGGAGGACCAACUCCUCCCACCAGUCCGCGACAGAAAGCAAAGAUGUCAGAUACAUUCGACGGCAAGUCUUCAUCCGCGUCGAACUCACCACAUAAGACUGACUUGUGUGCAGAAGACUCGCCUUUUCGCCCUGCUAGAGACAUGCGACCGAACUAUCAAGGCUACGAAGAGGUCAACACUGUACGGAUGCCGAGGAAGUUACCGGACCAGAAGGAGAUUCCACUGAACUCUUUGCAAGAUAUGCUACAAGAUCACCAUAUCGCAUUGAAUCAGGAUCGACCUAGUGUAGACUUUCGUAGCAAUUUUUCCGAGGAUUCCUCGAACUUUGCCAUGGCAUACGCUGCGAAUAGUCCCUUCUUUACGCGGCGACUCCGUUCAGACUCCAACGCCCCAGGCGUCGACGAGCUGAGUGUGGGACUUGGUCUACCCAGCAUCCAGAAGAGAGGCACCAACGUGGACUCACCAGCCCGCUCUCACAAGUCACGCGGCUCUGAAGUUUUGCCUCAAGAUCUCUUUGGUAAGCUCAUAGGGCGGGCGCUGGACAAGCCGUUGACCGCUAACGCCUUAGCCCAAUAUAUGGACGGCAAGAGUGUAUUCUUAGACAACGUCGUUAACACGCCUCGGGGCCUCAAGGGCGAUGGUCGUGAUAUGUAUUCGGGAGAACGUGCAGGUGUUGAGCGUCAACCUACGAGACUGGUGCCUCCACCUCCUGGCUUUACUGGAGAACGCCCUCGCAGGAUCUUCGCAGAGGAGCAUAGCUCAGUCAACCCAGUGGCUACGGAGUCCGCAGUUCGGCAAAUACCCACCGGUCCUGCAGGACUUAGACAACUGCGAAGAAUUAGCGAUUCCAAUUCCGUCAACCAUGCACAAUACCAUGGCCAUAUACGUGGACCAUCUAGGCAUUACCGUCCAAGAGCACUUCCUCGUAUCAAGCGCACCGAUCAAGGUCCCGAGCCUUCAGAUGCCGAUAUAUACCCCGAUGAUGCGAAUUUCACACUGCGACGUCCACCGUAUCAGCCCGAGUCUGCAGGUUCCCUACCCAGCUACAUAAUAGAUAUGCCAUCAACAAGGCAGGUCCAUGCAGAAGACGUUAUGGUUUGGCCCACCCCAGCAGAAGUUUACAGGCAGAAACUCGGCAGUCAACCCAGACGUAGUGUUUUCGCUCGCAACGCUCUGCACACGCAGAAUGGCGCGCCGGAGCGUUGGUCUCCUCCUGCUGCAUCGUCUAUGUCACAGUAUAUGCUGCAGUUCGGAGAGCCCUCCCAUCCCCUUGCUUUGAGGUUUUCUCCUCCUGCCCCAUCUCCUUCACCUCCCUUCGACAUCUUCGCUGGCCACUAUCCUCCCACAUACGCUGACAUUCACGAAACUGACGCAGAGAUGGAGUGUCUCCUCGCUAUUCUUCCUGAUAUAUUCGACCUCGAUCUACCUGAGCUGCCCUGCGACGAGCGCCCUCUUACACCCGGUCAGACAGACGGGAGUCGGUACGGUAUGCAGUUUCAUGGCAUUGGACUAGGCGAUCGCUGGAAUUGUCCUAGUGUGCGAGAGGGUGAGCCGUUCCGAGUACGUCCCCGCGAUCAUGAUGGUUGGGGUGGAUGGCAGUGGGCUAUCGACAAGGGAUGGGGAAAUGAGUAG